AUGCUCUUGCUGCUUCUGAUGCUGUCACCUCCUGCUGCUCCUGCUGUCACACUCUUGCUACUGCUCCUGCUGUCAUGCUCUUGCUGCUUCUGCUGCUGUCACACUCUUGCUACUGCUCUGCUGUCACUCUCUUGCUGCUUCUGCUGUGUCACCUCCUGCUGUGCUGUCACACUCUUGCUACUGCUCCUGCUGUCAUGCUUCUUGCUGCUUCUGCUGCUGUCACACUCCUGCUGCUGCUGUCAUCCUCCUUUUCUGCUGUUGUCACCUCUUGCUACUGCUCCUGCUGUCAUGCUUUUGCUGCCUGCUGCUGUCACACUCUUGCUGCCGUUGCUGCUGCUGUCACCACUUCUUGCUGCUGCUGCUGUCACACUCUUGCUACUGCUCCUGCUGUCAUGCUCUUGUUGCUUCUGCUGUCAUCACUCUUGCUCCUGCUUGCUGCUGUCACUCUCCUUCUCCUGCUACUGUACUUGCCUCUUUACUGCUCCUGCUGUCACACUCCGGCUGCUCCUGCUGCUGCUGCUGUCACCUCCCUCUGUUGCUUCUGUCACACUUGCUACCUCCUGCUUGUCGCACUGCGGCUGCUCCUGCUGUGACACCUUUGCCUGCUACUGUCACCUCUGCUGCUGCUUCUCACACUCCGGCUGCUCCUGCUGUCACACUUCUGCUGCUGCUGCUGUCACACUCUUGUUGCUGCUCCUGCUGUUGCACUCCGGCUGCUCCUGCUGUGGCACUCUUGCUGCUCCUGCUGUGACACUCUUGCUGCUGCUGCUUAUGUGCUGUUGCUGCUGCUGUCACUCUCCUUCUCCUGCUGCUGUCACACUCUUGCUACUGCUCCUGCAUCCAUUUCGGCUGUUUGCUGCUGCUGCAGUCACAGUUUUUGCUUGCUGUCAACUUCUCACCUCCUGCUGCUCCUGCUGUCGCACUCUUGCUGUUUCUGCUGCUGUCACACUCUACUGCUGCUGCGUCACACUUCUUGCUGCUGCUGUCGCACUCUUGUUGCUGCUCCUGCUGUCACACUCCCGGCUGCUCACACAUCGCUGCUGCUCCUGCUAUCUGUCUCUGCUGCUACUCCUUCACACUCCGGCUGCUCCUGCGUCACACUUCGCUGCUGCUGCUUGUCACACUCUUGCUUGCUGCUCCUGCUGUCGCCUCCAGCUGCUCCUGCUGUGA